CAGAGACUAAACAAACACCAGAGUUGUUGACUCUUUUGAAAAAGCUCGAACACCUUCAUUCACCAGAAUGUGGGCUCAUCUCCCUUGGCUUGUUUUAGGGUCGCUGAUGAGGAUAAAGAUAUCCCAGCUAUCACAGGUUUCUGUUUUCUUGACAUCAUCUUUACCUGCUGCAGAUGGUCAGAUCAGACUAACUGGAUCUGGGUCAACUCAGUGUUCUGGAAGAGUUGAAAUCUAUUACAGUGGCUCCUGGGGAACAGUCUGUGAUGACAGCUGGGAAUUAGCUGAUGCUAAGGUGGUCUGCAGACAGUUAAACUGUGGAACUGCACUGGAGGCCCCUCAGUCUGCUCGUUUUGGUCAAGGAACCGGAAAUAUCUGGCUUGAUGAUUUAGCAUGUUCAGGAAGUGAAAGGUCUCUAACCCAGUGUCAGCACAGUGGAUUUGGGUCACAUAACUGUGGACACGGUGAGGAUGCUGGUGUCGUCUGUUCAGGUGUCAAAUUAGUUGCAUCUAAUCAGUGCUCUGGAAGAGUUGAAAUUCAUUACAACAACACCUGGGGAACAGUCUGUGAUGAUAACUGGGACAUGAAUGAUGCUAAAGUGGUUUGUACUGAAUUAGACUGUGGAACUGCACUGGAGGCCCCUCAGUCUGCUCGUUUUGGUCAAGGAACUGGACGAAUCUGGCUUGAUGAGGUUUCAUGUUCAGGAAGUGAAAGGUCUCUAAUCCAGUGUCAGCACAGAGGAUUUGGGUCACAUAACUGUGUACACGGUGAGGAUGCUGGUGUCGUCUGUUCAGAUCAAAAACCAAGCAUCUCCAUUAAUCCUGCUGGUGCGGUUACCUGGGGUCAGAAUGUCGCUAUCACAUGUUCGGUCACAGGUGAUCAGUUAAGUGGAACAUUUAUCUUCACAAAGACCUCAGGCUCAUUCAGCAGGAGAAUAACAUCUAGCAGCAACUCUGCUACCCUCAGUAUCUCUAAUGUAAACUUUGACAAUGAGGGAUCAUACCAGUGUCAGUUUCAGAGGCUUUCAAAUCAACACUUCAGCACACCUUUAAGUAAUACUGUGACUGUCACUGUAAGAGUAAUCUUCCCAAAGCCCAGCAUCUCAAAGGAUACUGCUGGUGCGAUUACCUGGGGUCAGAAUCUUGGAAUCACUUGUUCAAUCUCAACUCAGCAUUUAGGUGGAACAUUCACUCUGCAGCAGAGCUCAGGCUCAUUCAGGAAAAGCCAAACAUCGAGUACAAACUCUGUUACCUUCAACAUCCCUCAAGUGACUUUCAGUAAUGAGGGAUCGUACCAGUGUCAGUAUCAAACAAGGAUUUCAAGUCGAGAUUUCAGUUCACCACAGAGUGACUCAGUCAGAGUUUCUGUUACCGUGGUCCUCCCAAAGCCCAGCAUCUCUAAGAGUCCAACUGGAGAGUUGACCUGGGGUCAAGACGUUAGCAUUAGUGAUGGUGAGAUGAAGCCUCGUGAUGAGCUGAAGCUUUCCAUCCAACUGGUCGACUCAUGGUUCGAAGCAUUGUGAUGAUUCAUUUGCUCUACUGCGCCAUCAAGUGGACGAUUUAAGUGAAAUAGGCUCUGUGAUUAUAAUGAUGUGAUGUGUAAACCUCUAAACUGAAUAAAUAGAUUGUUUUCGUGGUUAUUUAUCCCAAA